AUGGAGGAAUCUAUACCCAUGGAGAAUGAAGAAAACAAUCUUCAUGUUGGUCUGUGCAAUCAUCAACCGGUACAUCACAACCCUCUGGUUCUGCGAAAAGGAGUAAGACAUCUAGUGUCUGGAAUUACUUUAGGAACUAGUGGAACAUCAAAUCUGAAACGUCAUCUCAGUAUAUGUAGUGAUGAAAGAAGAGUAGUGCAUAUCGAUGAAAAAGUUGCUAGGGAAAAAUUCAGUCGAGUGAUCAUUAGGCACAAUCUUCCUUUCCUUUGUGUUGAAUAUGAGGAGCUUAGGGAUUAUCUUAGUUAUUUGAACCCGGAUUAUAAGUGCUACACUAGAAACACUGCUGCUGCUGAUGUUAUUAAAACUUGGGAGAAGGAAAAACAGAAAUUGAAGGUUGAGUUAGAAAAGAUACCGAGUAGAGUGUGUUUGACUACUGAUUGUUGGAGUGCACUUUCUGGAGAUGGAUAUUUGGUUUUGACUGCUCAUUAUGUUGAUUCCAAGUGGGUGUUAAAUAGCAAGAUUUUGUCAUUCUGUGAUAUCCUUCCUCCUCACACUGGUGAUGCUCUAGCUAGUAGGAUCCAUGAAUGUUUGAAGGAGUGGGGAAUCGAAAGAAAAGUCUUUACUUUGACUGUGGAUAAUGCUACUGCUAAUGAUAGCAUGCAAGAAAUAUUGAAGGAUCGGCUGAAUUUAGAUAAGAAUUUGGUGUGUGAAGGAGAUUAUUUUCAUGUUCGGUGUUGUGCACACAUCUUAAACCUCAUUGUGCAGGAUGGUUUAGAUGUUAUUAGUGAUGCGUUGGCUAAAAUCAGAGACACUGUGAAGUACAUCAAAGCUUCAACAUCUAGAAGGAUUGCACUGGCAGAUUGUGUAGAUAUUGCGGGUGAAGUUGUUCUGUCUCUAUGUUCAGAAUAG